AUGGCCGCAAUAGAGGCGCCCGUGGUGGAAGGGGACACGGAGCCGUCCCCGUCGCCUAGUUUUGUCGCCCCCCUCACCGUUACAAACAUAGAUGAAAGUCAGUAUGGAUCACAACUCCAGGCGAAGGUUUUUAAAUUGAAGGAGCUGUUCAGGGAAUUCGAUCCACCCGACCUGGAGGUUUUUGAGUCGCCCCCAAGGCGAGCGCCACCCCAGCCGCCGCCGCUGAAGACGGCGCUGAAGGCGCCGCUGCCGCAGCCAGCACUUCGGCAUCUGCAACAGUGGCAGCGGCGCCACGUGGAGGUGAACGAGCUGAUGGAGGCUGUACGUCAGGAGUGCAUCCAGUGCCCCGAGCUCCGGAACCGGCUCUUCCAGGUGAACUUCCACACCACGCUAGCUGGGGACGCCAUGGUGACGCUCCUGUAUCACCGCAAGUUGGGUGCGGAGUGGACCGCGGCGGCUGAGCGGCUGCGAGACGUACUCGCCGCCACCCCCACUGCCGCCGCUGCGGGCCGCCGACCCCACGUCAUUGGUCGCAGCCGCAAGCAGAAGGUGGAUCUGGAUGCGUCGUUUGUGUUGGAGAGGCUUCGUGUGGGCGGGCGAGAGUACGUGCAGAAGCAGGUAGAGGGAGCAUUCUCACAGCCCAACGGGACGGUGUGCCAGCACAUGCUGGGGUGGGCGCUAGACGUGACGCGUCCGCCGCCGCCGCGGCGGGUGCGGGCUCGGCGAGAAGGUGGCGAGGGCGGCGGAGGCGGAGUCAGCAGCAGCAGCGGGAACGGGGUCGCGGCGAAGGAGGUGGAAGAGGCGGCGGCGGUAGUGGCAACGGCGGAGGCGGUGGAGACGCCGGGGGAAGGUGGAGGUGAUGGUGGCGAGGAGGAGGACGUGGAUGGGCCUCAGGACGACUUGUUGGAGCUGUACUGCGGAAACGGCAACUUCACGGUCCCUCUGGCCCAGAACUUCCGCCGGGUGGUGGCGACUGAGGUUGCCAAGUCCUCCGUGGAGGCUGCUCGGUUCAACUUGGAGGCAAACGGGGUAAGCAACGUGUUUCUGGCGCGAAUGGCGAGUGAGGAGUUCGCCGAGACGAUGCGGUCCCGCGGCAGCCGGCGGCGACUGGAGGGUCUCGGGCCCUGGGAGGAGCUGCGGCUGAGGACCAUUUUGGUGGACCCCCCCCGGGCGGGGCUGGACGGCUUUACGGUGGAGCUGUUGAAGGAAUUUGACCGUAUCGUGUACAUCAGCUGCAACCCGGAGACAUUACACGCCAACCUGCGGGCCAUCGCAACAACCCACAAAAUCGCGCGCUUCGCCGCGUUUGACCAAUUUCCGUACACUCACCACCUGGAGUGCGGGGUGUACCUGACACGUCGAUAG